AUGGGUUUGGGGAUCAAGCGGCAGAAGCCCGAUGCGUUGGACAAUAUUGCGCCAAACUCGCUGGCGGGUCUUCCAAAGGAGUUGUUAGACAAAAUAUUGGCUUAUACAGAGGCACGCGACUAUAUUUCUGUGUUACUCAGUUGCAAGACCAUCUAUCAGAAAUGUCAUUUGACGGUCUUUGGGCUGAAACCUUUGAGGUUACAGUAUGUGGGAAGAAAGGGCGACUUCCGUUACAACUGGAAUCUACAAACAACAUGGAAUCUACUGGUCCAUAUGGCGGAGAACCCAGAGAUAUAUGCCCAGAUCAAGAUUUUUCAACUCAAAAACGACAUCUCCAUCAGGGAAUUCCAGAAAACACACAAAGACCUGAAACACCACUCAAGACGAGAUAAAGUUCGGGACCCUGUGGUCAACUACCACGAGAUCCCAAAAAACCUGAUCCUGGUGCUACCCAAAUUUGUUAAUCUCAGAUAUUUAAAAGUGGACGUUGGAGACUUUAUCUUUUUGAGGAACCUACUAGAAGCUCUUCCGGCCAAACUAAAGGGUCUUCAAAUCAACAUCAACGUGUCGCAUCCGGACUUUAGCCCAAAGAAAGCACAGACCCCAAAAUUAAGGUGCAAGGGUCUGAAAAGUCUGACGAUCUGUUCGAGCGGGAAAGCUCCCAUGAUCUAUGGAAAGCUGAAAAGCAGACAUGUGAUGAAAGUCCCCAGCAGAUACCUGAUCGAGGAAACAACCUUUUCGAACCUGAUCAAGCAAAAGUUCGAGAACGACGACAAGAGUAUCAAGAAACAGCCGUAUCUCAAGUUUUUCGGCGAAAUGAUGGCCCAACUGGUGGAAACCAACUCUGCUACGCUAUACUCGAUAGACAUUCGUGGGAUGGACGCCAUGCUGGUUUUCUUAUCUGGAAACAUGGACAAGCCGAUGCCGAAUCUGCGAGUGAUCAAGCUGUGCAACUUGUCGAUUCCUCGACUAAACUGGUGGCUACCAAGUUUGGAGCAUCUAAACUCGAACAAACGUCUUUUCUUGUCGGGCAACACGAGUCUUGUUCUGCCCCCGAUUGUUGUGAUUUUCUCGAGGCUUUUCAACCCAAUGGGCUCAUCCAACAACUCAUACUGUCGUGCCAGGUUCUUUGGAGACCCCGAGCACCAGUGGUUCAGCAUGGGCGGAGAGGCAAAGCGGUUUUGGGAGGAGAUCUAUUAUCAUUGA